ACAGUGCCGGGAAAUACAGCAGUGGAACUGCACCGGCUCUGAGGCUUGUGCUGGUUUCAGUGUGUAAGAACAAUGUUAAUCUGUGUGAGUGUAUCUUAUUUUCUCAUCUCCGCCUGAUCUGAGUGCACCUCAGCAGCACCUUGAGCCCACAAAAGUCUUGAUUGUGAGUGUCAGGGGGCUUCUUGGACAGAAACACCCCCAGGUGAAUCUGGGACUUGCCAGCACUGGGGAUUUUUUUUGCAAUGUCUUUUGAGAGUGGGAUGAACCAAAGUGCAUAUUGUUAAGAUUUUUUUCUUCCUGUCAAGAAUAUAUCUGACCCUGUUCUCUGCUUCCACUCUUGCUUAGGAGGCAGCACAUCUCUCCUCAAGGGACGCUGCACCUAGUCUUUGACAAUGAAGUUUAACUUGUUCAGAAAGCCACAGGCCGUGGCAGCCGCUGAGCCCACCGGUGCCACCACCAUGACAAUGGCUCCCACCCUGGCUGUCAUCACCACCUCUGUGCCGGACACCUCCGGCUCCAACAACACAGAGAUCAGCAAGAAUGACAUGUUUGAGGAAAUCAAGAGUAAAUUCUUGAAUGAAAUUGAUAAAAUCCCACUGCCUCAGUGGGCUUUGAUUGCCAUUGCUGUGGUGGCUGCAUUGCUCAUCCUUACCUGCUGCUUCUGCAUAAUCAAAAAAUGCUGCUGCAAGAAGAAGAAGAACAAGAAAGGAAAGAAGGGCAAGGAUGGCUUCAACAUGAAGAACAUGCAGGGUGGCGAGGACGAUGAUGACGACGAGGGAGAGACUGGACUGACGGAGGAGGAAAAAGAGGAGGAAGAGAAAGAGCAAGAGAAACUGGGGAAGCUGCAAUACUCUAUAGAUUAUGACUUUGAGAAUACAAAGCUCACCGUUGGCAUCCUUCAAGCUGCAGACCUCAUGUCCAUGGACUCCGGUGGAACCUCCGAUCCUUACGUUAAAGUCCACCUUUUCCCCGACAAGAAGAAGAAGUAUGACACCAAAGUGCACAAGAAGACACUGAACCCCGUCUUCAAUGAAACAUUUGUAUUCAAGGUACCCUACGAGGAGCUCGGUGGGAAGACGCUGGUGAUGUCUGUUUAUGAUUACGACCGAUUCUCCAAACAUGACGUCAUUGGAGAGGUGAAGAUUCCCAUGAACACCAUCGACCUUGGCCGGCCGAUCGAGGAGUGGCGGGACCUGGAGAGCGCCGAUCAAGAGGAGCCUGAGAAACUCGGAGACAUCUGCAUCUCCCUUCGUUAUGUCCCCACCGCCGGGAAACUUACCGUCUGUAUCCUGGAGGCGAAGAACCUGAAGAAGAUGGACGCCUGUGGAUUAUCCGAUCCCUAUGUAAAGAUCCAGCUGCUGCAGGGGGGUAAGCGUCUGAAGAAAAAGAAGACUACAGUGAAGAAGAACACCUUAAACCCAUAUUACAAUGAAUCCUUCAGCUUUGAAAUCCCCCUAGAACAGAUGCAGAAAAUCUUGGUGGCGGUCACAGUCUUUGAUUAUGACAAGAUCGGUAAGAACGACGCCAUUGGAAAGAUCUUCGUGGGCAGCAAGGCGACUGGCUUAGGUCUGAAGCAUUGGUCUGACAUGCUGGCCAAUCCACGCCGCCCUAUUGCCCAGUGGCAUCCAUUGCAACCCGAGGAGGAUAUUGAUGGUCAGCUGGCAUCUUUGGCUGCAAAGAAGUAACAUGCUCCACCAACCAGCUAAUGCACUAACUCAGAAAUCCAACCCCCACCCCUACUUUGCAUGAAACCCAUGACUUAACACAUGACAACUCGUCAUGGAAACCUGCUCAGCAAAAAAGAGACAUCGUAGAAUAUCUGCCCAUUCAUUGUUAAGUCGAGAAAAAAAACAACUCUUUUUAAACAUCACAUAUCACACAUUAAUGUAUGCUGAGAAGAGUGGCGUUGAGUUACUGGGUGACUGGUUCAUGAAUGAUCGACUUUUAUUGGUCUUUCUUUCAUUUGAAGAAACUUAGAAACUGAUUCUUAGGGUGCUGAUACUGAAUGAAAGCCGUGGUGAAGACAAUACUGGAAAUAAAGCUUUAGUUUAGUUAAUAGAGCAUGCUUUACUUACCUCCCCACUGCUCUGCAUACACCAUGCCCAGUAUUGUAUCUCGCUAAUAAGUGUUGCUAUAACUUGCAAUAGAAAGUACUGUAGUAUUGGGUUAUUUCCUGCACAGAGCCUGUUUAAGUCUAUCCAUGCAAAAAGAUUUAAUUGAGGAUGAAUGAGGUCGAGGUCACUGAAUGCAGCGAUCCAUGUUGCGAUAUGUUUUCCAGAGAAACCCGUCUUCAUUUUAUCAGCUCACAUUUCGGGAUGGAGAUACACACAGUCCAGUAGUACACAGUAUGGCAGGGAUGACACAGCUAUCUGUUCUUUGUUGCUUGUUUUGUGUUGCCAUGAAGGACCGUCUAUGCAUUUAGGUUCAGCACACGCUUCUGUGUCUGCAGACAGAUCUCAUGUAGGACAGGAAUACAAGGGUGCCUUUCCUGAUGUGACACUUUGAGAAGUAGGCUUCAUUGUUUAUUUUAGAAUGGGGAACUUUUUACAGAGUGAAUAUCCUUCAAAAGUAGUCAGGGACACUGUGAAUGUGCCAUCUGAAAUCUGUCUGGAGCUGUGUUGACCACUUGGAUGUAAAACCUCACUUGCCCUUGGAGAAAGUGAGGAUACUAGAAGGCUUACCAAUGAUGUUCAAAACAAUUAUGACAAUGAUUUUGAAUCCUGCUGUUGCUUCGCCAUCUAUCGCAUUUUAUUUUGAUAUCCAUUAAACUGAUUAUAUGUCUUUCUCUGACAAAUGUUAUAGUUUGCCCAGCAUACUUUGGCCCACCUCAGUACUUCAAAAGUUUCAGAUGAAACAACGGGAGGAUUUCUGUCAAAGAUGUUUUUAUAGAGAACUGAAUUUGAAAUGUAAGCUGUAACUGCACUUUUUAAGAGAACGUAAAUUACAGGUUUGUAAAAUUUAAACAGUGCUACAUCAAACAUAUAACACAGUAUACAUGUCCAGGACCAUUUGCUUGAACCAAAUAGAGCUGCAGAAUCGAGCAUGUAUCAUACCUCGCAGUGUUUCACGUCUUUUGGAUCGCUCACUCAUUAGCUUUGUAAACCCGGAGCCAAACAUGGUGGUGUUAAAACUUCAUUGCAGACUUACUACAUUGAUGUGCAGAGGGAUGGAGGCAAAAAAGGCCAUAAGUCUUCUGAGCAACUGAACACCUCAUUGUGACAUAAAUAAAUGAAAAAUUCAACUUAAGUUAUCUUGACAACAAAAUUCUGGAUGAAAAUGUAGAAAAAUAUAGGUGUGUAGAAAGAUUGUGGAAUUGCUCAGCUAUUUUGAGUAAAAAUAGACAUAAAAAGAAAAAAAACUCAAGCGAGCUGCAACUGAGAGUUUGUGCAAAUCAGUUUUCAUUAGAAGAUGUCGAGGCUGAAACAUCCUGCUUUUGUUAUUCCAGCUGGUUGCAGCACGACUGCAAAUAAAGUUGAUUUAAUACUUCAGUUUUAGAGGAAAUGAAAAUAAGAAAAUCAUUUGAAAUUGCACAAUUUGGAACCAUCUGGAAAUAUCAAGAAAAGAGAGGAAUUAAAAGAACAAGAAUCAGAAAGACGGUUUAAGUUGACAAGUUAAAGUUAAAUAUUUAAAUUCUACCAUUUCAGUGGUGUUUAAAUUUUAACAUUAAGCAUUUAGUGCUGGUGAAAUAUCAGAAUUAGGUGUUGAGUUAUUCAUGAAAUUCAAAUUCUCACAGCCUUUCUCUGCCUCCAUAUUAUCAGCAGAAAUAAAAAUGACUCUAAAGGACGGCAAACAGCAGCACAGUGAUGGGUCCAUCCACAGUACUUCUUCUUCCUAUUGUUAACAUUAUGCAUCGCGCAGAUUUGUGAAUAGGCUACAGCAUGUAUUUACAAGAUGAUGUAAAUAGCAGCAUGUUUUAAAGAGAACCAUAAUUAUAUUGUGUAUGUGUGUUUGUGUUCUGUGUCAUUUUUGAUAAUAAAACAGAGUAAAAAAAAACGGUAUGCAAUGACUGCACAGUGUAUGUAUUUUUGCUGAAUGGGACUGGAUGUAUGUCUGAAUAAUUCAUGUCAGUGUUCACAGGCACCUUUAAUGCCUGGAAUUAAAGCAGGGUUGCUUUAUGUAUCACGUGAAAAUCCACUUAGUUUGCCAUAAUACUGCAUGACUCUCUAAUUUGCUGUCAUUGUUUGUAUGUGUCCUCUGUGCUGAGUCCAGUGUAACAGUAUGCUUGGGCUACAAGUCAUGUAACUAUUGUUCAUUUCUGCUUGCACUUGUUAUAGGCUACAGUACGUCUUACUCACUGACCAGUAAACUGUAUAUAUUUCAAAAAAAGGAGAACGUUUGCCGGCUCCUUGAUUUUCUAUCUCAGUGUACCGUAAGUGUUUCCUUCAUUUACUCCUGCCAGAUGGGUGUCAAGUCUUAGUUAAUCAUAUGUAGAUGAUACAGUGGACGACUUAAUUGACUUGUAGCCCCCUUUUCCUUACGGAUUUUAUUAAACUGUACCUCCUCAUCUUAUUGCUAUUCAAAUAAACCUGCUCUCAUGUCUGAUUAUAUAUAAGAAGUCGGUAAUUUGCAUAUAGAAUAAACUAAACUCUUUUUAUUUUAUUUUAUCAUACAGUAGUUUUUUUAAAACAUUUUUUUAUUGCUCUACUGAGUUACUUGUGUUAAAUAUCAUUACUGCAUAUUAUUGAUGCAGCCCUCUUAAGUAGCUCAAGUCUGAUAAUUAAGCAAUCAAUAAUCUUUUCAUUCCAAAUGUCACUUUUUGAGUGAACACGCAGUUUACCUAAUGGAUUGCAAUGGGAUGAGCGGGUGAUGUGUCACCUGUGCAUGCUCUGAGAUAUCGAUGCUGUAUCUACCAUGACAUCUCUAAUGUGGGGAUUUGUUUUCUCCAUCUGGUUUCUUUGAGUCGCUGUCAUUUACUAUUAGACAUUGGACAUUUACAACAUACAUGUAUAUACGUGUAUGAAGACAAAGAACCCCAGUCUUCAUCACAGUCCAUCCUUUAGAGUAUAAGGUAGCUACGUCGUUAGUUCAUGGGCUUUAGAGGAAGACAUGCCAAACACAUUUACACUUUUAGUAUGUAGACGAUUCAUUUCCACAAUGUGGCGUCAAAUUUAAGCUCAUAUCUUAUUAAGGAGAAGCACCACAUUACACCCUUUUCUACAAUGUGUGUUAGGUCAUCCUUCUCUUAGUGUUAUUUGAUGUUCUCACCCUCAUCCACAUAUUAUCUCUAUAUACAUAUAAUCUAUAAUCUCCAUUUGCUAUUUUGUGUAUUUACAAUAGGACCAAUUGAGCCUGUGUUUGUUUGUUGUUGUUCAAUUCAUGAACUAUAUGAGUUUGUCACUUCUCUGCAAUGCAGGCAACAAAAUCCCUGUCUUCCUGGGUCUCACAGGCUGUCUCGAGCACAGAGCCGACCCAUUCAGUGCAGAACAACAUUCGCAAUGCAAUACUGCCAACCUGCUGCUUCAGUAAUGGCUCCCCUUUAGUCACAAUCCUCCUAUGUGAACAUAGCCAUGAUACAGAACAUCCAAAGAGAUGAUCGUCAUCCUGCUCGUUCAUCCACCCACUUACCGAGCAACAUAGACAAGGGAACUGCUUGAACUUGACUCUCGUUUUUCUGUCUUGUUGUAGAGGUGUGUCAAUAGUUGUGCCUUUUUGUGAACUGCAUGAUUUAUUUCCUUACAAAAAUCCGUGUUUUCCAGCAAAAAGAGGAAACAAAAAGACCAAAAAACUUGUACUCAUAUAUCACUCUGUGUAGAAGUGAAAUACUCAAGGGAACUAAAAUAUGGGAUGUGGUCAGGUCAUUAUCUGUGUGUUGUCAAAAUGUAAUCAUAGGAAAUAAAGGCAUUUUAAGUAGC